UAUGUUCUCCAAGCUUCCAUCAUAGGGAACAGGAUUAUUUUGUCUCCACGGUAUCCGAGGAUCUGCUUGAUGCUGCAUAGAAACUAACAGUGCAACCUGCAGGCGGACAGUGACGCCGUGCGCCCGCAUCCGGGAAGGGCGCAGCGCAGCGCGAUCAGCCGCAGAGACGAGUCUGUUUUUUCCGCUCCUGUUAUUAUCGCCGCAGCGGCUCGAUCCGACACAGCACCACAAUGGAGACCAAACCAGUCAUCACCUGCCUUAAAACGCUCCUAAUCGUCUACUCUUUCGUAUUUUGGAUAACAGGAGCCAUCCUACUGGCAGUAGGAGUCUGGGGAAAGUUGAUGCUGGGCCCAUACAUCUCCCUGAUAGCCGACAACUCAACCAACUCCCCGUACGUCCUCAUUGGCACUGGGACUGUCAUCAUCGUUUUUGGCCUGUUUGGAUGCUUCGCCACCUGCAGAGGAAGCCCAUGGAUGCUGAAGCUGUACGCCAUGUUUCUCUCACUGGUCUUCCUUGCUGAGCUUGUGGCUGGGAUCUCUGGAUUUGUGUUUCGUCAUGAGAUAAAGGGAACCUUUAGGAGGACUUACACUGAUGCAGUCCUGAACUACAAUGCUGACGAUGAAGCGAGCCAGGCGGUUGACAACUUGCAGCACAAGCUACGUUGCUGUGGAGUUUAUAACUACACCAGUUGGUUUGCCAGUGUGUAUUACCCUUCCAAUGGUAUCCCUGCCAGCUGCUGCUUUAACUCCUCUGAUUGUAACCCAGAAGAUCUCCGCAAUGCAACUAUAGCCCCAAGCAAGGUCUACCACCAGGGCUGCUUUGAGUUGGUCACUUCAUUCAUGGAAACCAACAUGGCCAUAAUUGCAGGAGUGACGUUUGGGAUUGCCUUUUCGCAGCUGAUUGGCAUGUUGCUGGCCUGCUGUCUGUCCAGGAUCAUCACAGCCAAUCAGUAUGAGAUGGUCUAGAUGAUGUGACGUGGCAGGGAGAUGGAGAGAAGAAGAGACUACGUGUCUUGCUAUAAUACUGAAGUGAAUUCCCAAAACUCCCAUCUUCACAUCUGAAUCGGACGUUGCCUCCGUCUGUCUCUCUGCCUGUAAUUUCUUAAUGUAACUUAUUGUAAAGCACCAUUCCUCGACUCCCUGCGGUUACAUCAAAGCUUUCUGUACCACGCACCACAUCGACGCUUGACGUAGAAGUUGCUCAUUAGCGGUUAUAUGUGAUCGGUGCAGCCCACAGCAGGCAGGGGGAGCAGAGCGGACAGCCUCAGAAAGGGAAAUUACUUAAACACCUGAAAAUAACCCUUCCAUCGGUAGGUUUAGUUUUCCAUUUGCUACUGUUAAUCACUGUGUAUUCCUAGGAUUGUAGUCUAUUGUCACCUGAUUAUGUGCACUAAGGAGGAGAGUUUAGGUUGUUAGAGGUGGGGAAAGGGAAAACUGCUCUAGAGUAUUUUUAACCAUCACAUUAAAAAGUAUAUAUUUUUUGCUCAUAAUACAAAACCUCUGAAAGCCAAAUAAGUUAAUAAAUUUGAUUUGUUACUUUUAAAUUCCCACUGUGAAAAAAGAUAGCUUUUUGUAUUUUUAGCCUGAAUAUGGGUCAAAACUAAUACUUUAAGCUAUUUAAUCAUUUUUACAUAGAAAAAUUAAUUAAUCAGUUUGAGCAGCAUAUCACGCCAAUGUCUCUAAACUAGACAUAAGCUGGUGAACCUGUGUUUAGCUAUACCUUGGCUUAAGAAAGUUACAAUACCAAAAUUUGUCCCACUCUAUGGUUUAAAGUCAUUUUAAUGAGAAGUUAGACAAAAUGCUGCAUUAACCAGAGUUGUUUCUGGCUAGCAUUAGCAUGCUUCCAGGCUGAUCCAGAUUAAAAUAGACCUUGUUAAGCAUGACAAUUUACACCUAACAGUAAAAUCAAUCCUGAGUAAUCAGAGCUGAGUUACCCACCUAAAAAUACAGAUGAGCACAUAGAUACGUCACUCAGUGAGCUGUCUGCUGAGCAAUAAGCACGACAUCAACUGAUCCGCCAAUAAAUAAUCUGUCAUUUCAUAGAGCUCAGUAUUGGUGCACAGACACUAAAGAGUUUAACCAUUAAAAACUGGAAAAUCACUUACAACCUCGCUAGCAGCCUUCAGCUUUUCUGAACAUCGUUACUGUGCACAAAGUGUUAUAUAAUUACUAUAGAGCUUAUAUUUAUAUUUAACUGACACUGGGGAUUUUACAUUAUGGCUACCACAGUGGGUAGCCUACAACUAAAUCCAAAAACUAUCUGAAUACUGCAGUCCUGUAAUCCACUGUGACUCGUUACAUUUUUAUGCUGAAAAGUGUUACAGCAAGUUCAUAAAAAAACUAAAAUUAGCCUGCAGCAGUGUCUGAUUCUGAUCUCUUCUGAGUUCUGCUGCUUGAAGAGAAUCCCAUCAGGUCAGUGUGUCACAGAACAGACUGCUAAACUAAUCCGGAUACAAAUGUCCCAGACCACCUCCUCAGUGGGUCUGGGGAAAACCUCCCUCGAAACAUUUGGAGCACUUUCAUAUCUGUGUCCAGUGCUGUGAUUCAUUCACUCAGGACCGAUGUUAGUGCCAGAGGGGAAUAGGGUGAUAGAGAAGAGCAGCACUGCCCCUUCCCCACCUGUUGCUGCAUUCUUCUGGUCAACUGGCUGAAAGACAUGAUGUACUGAGCUCUUUAAGGAUUUCGAGCUAAUCUAAUCUGAUUCCCCUGCAAAUUUAUCCAUUUUCUUGCAUAAUCCCUGCGAUUUAGAUAAAGCUGUGACCAAGUCUUUUCAGGGUCUGAAUUUUAUGACUCAGUUAUGUUUUAGUUUUUGGAUUUUUUGCAUAGUCUCCUUGCACAGGCACCUGUAUAGGAUGCUGUCAGUUUGGAUCUGAGCAUGUGCAGGCAUGUAUAGUUCAUUUUAGGACUGUGUAGUAUGGUUAGUUGGAUGUGGAAAGAGAUUUAGAUUAGGACGCUGCUUGACGAUCUAAGAAUAGUUUCAAAUUUUUUGUGGUUUUGUUUUGUUUUAUUACUGUUUACAUUUAAGCUGUAAUUGACUAUUUUCCGCUCAAACGAUCAGGAUCUUGAGUCAUUUUCUUCUGGUGAAAUAUUCAGCAGUCUGACGGAAACAGAGAUCAGUGGGAAUCACUCGGCCACCAUCUACGAUUUAUGGUUAUUCUGUGUAGAGCAUUAACCUGCAGCUGCCAUCAUCAUCAUCAUUCUGAUCUGUAGAUAUGUAUUGGAAAUGUAAUUUAUAUGACGUGUGGUUUCACAAUCUAAUAUGCUAAUCAGUAUAAGUGUUGUGUCACGGUUUUUCAAUCCGCAUUAAACGCUCAGAGUCAGUAUUUGUUUGACAGUUUGUAAGAAAUUUGCACUGAAAAAAAUCUAAUAAUUGUGGCUGAUAUUUAGUUGGAGAAUAAUGCAGAGUUUAGCUCUAAUCUUAUUAUGGUUUGUUGGCAUUUGAUUUACAGCUUUGCCCAGAUGCUUUCUCUUUCUCUUUUUAUGUGUGUGUGAGUGUGUGCAAGCAUUUAGUAGAUGUUGUGGCUCCAGCUGUGAUUUUUUUGUUGUUUAUCUUUUUGGUCAGUAUGUAAUUGUAGCUUUUUCCUUUAAAAAUCUGUCAAUUUGAUUUGUGGAUGUAUAUUUUCCUGCUCUCUCUUCUCCAAACUUUUGUUGUGUAAAUACUAAAACUGUAAUACCAUCCAGCUUCCAUUAGGGGUCACUAGAGGCCCAAGAAGAACCGCACCAUCCUGUCUACUACUGACUAAGUCACCAUCAGUGGUCUUCUUAUCAAUAAAUAUACAGAAUAA